AUGCCGUUGAAUUCUUGUCGUAUCACAGCAGAAGGUUGUGCUGCUCUCACAGCAGCUUUAAAUGAGAAUCCAUCACAUGUGAAAGAGCUGAAUCUGAGUGGAAAUACACUGGGAGACUCAGGAAUCAAGAACAUCUCUCAUCUGAUGAAGAAUUCAUUGUGUACACUGCUGAGUAACAUCUGUGUUACAGCAGAAGGUUGUGCUGCUCUGGCUUCAGCUUUUAGAUCAAAUCCUUCACAUCUAAGAGAGCUGGAUCUGAGUGAAAACAAACUGGAAGAUUCAGGAGUAAAGGAAAUCUCCACUCUCCUAAGAAAUUCAUAUUGCAGACUGGAGAAUCUGAGAUUGUCGGAGUGCAGUAUAACAGGAAGAGGAUACAGAUGUCUGUCUGAAGCUGUGAGAUCAAACCCUUCACAUCUGAUCUCACUGGAUCUCACUGGAAAUGAUCCUGGACCAUCAGGAGUCAAACUCAUCCAUCAGUUAAUACAAGAUACAAACUGUGCACUGAACACUGUGAGAUUCUUGAAGAGUCGUGAUGCAGAAGCAGCUUGUGUUUCUCUGACUGAAGUUCUGGGUGAGAAUCCAUUACUGCUGAAAGAACUGAAUCUGAGUGACAAUAAACUGAGAGAUCUGGACGGAGAGAAACUCUCGGCUCUAUUGAUGGACUCUCAUAGUAAAGUGGAGAAAAUCAGAUUGAAUAACUGUGAGCUGACAGAGAAACAGUGUUCAGCUGUAGCUGCUGUUCUGUCCUGUAAAACCCUGGUGAGAGAGAUGAAUCUGAACAACAGUCGUCUGCUGGAUUCAGGACUCAAACACAUCUGUGACAAACUGAAGAAUCCUCAGUGUCAACUCCACAUACUCAAGUGAGCUCAUCUAUCACAUCAUCAUACACAUUCGACAGAACACAACAAUCAUGACAAUAUUAAACACUGUGACAUCUGUUCACCUGCAGUGGUAAUGUACAAAUAAAAUAUUGCCAAUGUAAGUUUGCUGUAGAUUAUCCAUCAUCUCAUUCACUAAAUUUGUGUGUUCAUGUGUUUGUGUGUUUUCACACUGAUAUCAUUUUUUAAACACAAUGAAAAUUUGAAUGUAGAAUGCUCUAAAUGUAGGAUGAGAUUCAGAACCAAGUAAAAUCCAAAGAAAACGUCAUUAGUGACUCACAAGACAACGCUUGUGUACAGUUGUUGAUGAAUUAGGUCCAAUAAGUGGUCAAUCAUUCAAUACAAGAAAUUCAAUUCAAUUUUAUUUAUAUUGAGCUUUUCACAAUGUUCCAAGGCAGCUUUACAGGAGCAAAUAAAAAUAAAAACAGAAAAACACAGAAAAGGUAAAACACAGUACAGUGCAUGGUGUUUGUAGAACAAGCGAUGUUAAGAGAAUUUACCGAACCUUUAAACUAAUCUAAUAAUCUAAUAUCAGCGCUCUCCCGGUGAGCACGCCAACACGGCCCUGUGGCGAGGAACCCAAACUCCAAUGAGAAAUAAAUGGAG